AUGAAAUUGUUAAGCUUUGUAACAUUAUUAGUUCUAUUUGCUGUUGUCUAUGGAGCAACUAUUAAGUAUGACAGAUACUAUGAAGGUGAUGAGGAAUUAAAAAGAUUUGAAAUCUUCAAAGACAAUGUGAGGAAAGUUGAAGAACAUAAUGCGGGUGAAUCCACAUUUAAAUUAGGAAUCAACAAGUUUAGUGAUAUGAACAAUGAUGAAUUCAGAAAGAAGCAUCUUUAUCGUGGCCUUGGCCUCAAACCUCGACCGCGCCAAAAAGUUUCUGAAGAGAAUAAAGAAUAG